AUGGCACGCAAGGAGAAGGCUCUUUCUGCCAACCCGGCAGAAGCGGCACGCAAGGCUGCUCGUCAGCGCGAGUUGAAGCGCAACAAACAGUCUCGAGAGCAGACGCGCGAGCACAACUUGGUCAAACGCGAUGUCAAGCCUUUGGAGGAUCAGAUCCGCAGCCUAGAGCGUAGCGGUAGCGACAAUCCAGGCCUUGAGGCGCUACGUGCUGAGCUCAAAAAGACGCGAGAGGCCAAAGACAAGUACCUCGCUGCGCAUCCGGAGCAGCGUCACCUCAUCUAUCCACACGAGGCGAAAGCGGCCGCAGCGAGGGCCGAAGCUGCAAGCAGGGAUGAUGGGAGAGGAUUAUUCAGGCUGGAUGGGAAGCCGCGCCAUCCGGAACGGAGUGUAUACUACGAUCCAGUGUUCAAUCCGUGGGGCGCUCCACCACCAGGCAUGCCUUACGCUGAGAAGCCAAUGCACCUCUGGGCUGAGUCGUCGAUGGCGCCAGGAGCAGGGCAGCGAGGUGCUCAGCAAGCGGUAGCGAUGCCGGCGGAGGGCAGUGCUAUGCGAGAGGAGGAAGAUGAUGAGGGGGAAGGAGAUGACGAUGACGAUGACGACGAUGACGACGAUGACGAUGACGGGAUUAUCAUGCCAGCUGGGCCAGCGCCAACGGCUAUGGACGAGGACGAGGACGACGAGGACGACAGCGAUGAUGAUGAUAUUGUCAUGCCCUCUGGCCCACCACCGCCUCGACCUCCUGCUGCGCCUUCAUCGAUGGCUCAAGUUCAUCAGCUGCAAUCUCCGGCCCCAGCUGCCUUCAAACCGCCACCUCCUCCUGGUGUACCUCUUCGUCCUCCUCCUCCACCACCGCCUGGGGGAUAUGCAGGUCCACCACCCGGCUUCGCUCCGGGUCCCGGCCCUGGCAAUGGCACGCCCCAUCCUCCUUCUCGCCCACCAUCGCAUGGAUUUUUUCAGCAACCACCUCCCCCUCCGCAUGGGUAUCCGCAUCAACCGCCACCGCCACCACCGCCUGGUGGCUUCUACAACGGGCCCCCCUUGCCGCCUCACGUCCGCCCACCCCCGCCUGGUUGGGCGCCGCGGCCGCCAUUUCGUCCUGCUCCACCUGGGGCCCCUAGCACUUCCGCGGGCCCCAACCAGCAGCACGCGCGGCCACCCCCUGAUGCUCCACGAGGGCCUUCGUCUGACAACAGCAGCGGCGGCGGCGGCAGUGGAGGCGUAGUCGCUUCUUCCCCACCCAUUCCGGCGACCACUUCCUCAUCCUCCUCCUCCUCUUCAGCCGUCACACAAUCCGCCGCCCCUGUAAUGCGCGACCUGCGCAAGGAAACGACCGUGUUCCUCCCGUCUAGCGUGAGAAAGCAUCGCUCCAAAGACGUCAAGAGGGCGAAAGUCGCCGGGCUACCUGCGCGAGCAGAUGGCAGGGGGGCCCGUCGAAGAGGCAGCGCAGAGAGAAUCAGCGAGCGAGAGGUUGAGACAAGAGGAGCAGCCAAUAGCCUCGUCGUCUACCGCGACCUCUGCCUCGCCGCCCGUACCGGAGCUUAGAGGCAGCUCAGCGACCCCAACACCAGCAGCGCCAGUUGCGGAGCCUAAGCCGGCAGCAGCAGCGACAAAGCCCUCUGGUCUUCUCUCCUACUACUCAGACUCGGACGAGGAAGACGACGAGGACAACGAUGACGAGUCCGCAGUCGCUCCUGCACCACCAGCUACUACAGUCCCAGCGGGGAAAGCGGGCCCACGAAUCAAUCUCGUCGAGGCUCUAUCGAAGGUGCCGUUCGCCGCAGGCUCUGCUCCUGGUUCUGCGGAAUCAUCGACAGGCCAGGCUGGCAAGGGAGGCGACGACGAGUACAAGCGCUACCUCGCCGACGUGGGGGAUCUGCUCGAGGAGGGAGGAGGUGGGGACGAGGAGUAGAAGCAAACGACGCCAAGAUGGCUAAUCUCAUGUUGAAUGCGUUUAUUUGGUAUGGUCACAAUCUAGAAGUCAAUAAUUCGUAGCCUACAUCAAUCUCAUCUCGAAACGCUCGCCC